AUGAGUGGCUCCGGGAUCAACACCAGUCGCGAGAUGCUAGGACGGAAUAGGACUGAGCUUGUCCACAUCGCCAGUUGCGGUGCCCUGGUCGACAAUCCGCCAUGGCUGGACAACCUUUCCGACGACUGGGUGCCUGUGCCUAUGCCGGUGCCGGUACCUGGAACGCCAACCAGUCCCGCCCCCUCGCGAUCCAUCUCCCAUUCCCGCCAGUCCAGCUUACACAGCUUACACAGCGUGCACAGCGUACAAAACUCUCCUAGUCGCAUUCCGGUUCCCGCGCGUCGUUCCGUCGGUCCAUCGCCAUCGCCUGCCGAACAAAAGAAGGUUUCCCGGCCUUGUCAUUUCGUGCGAAGGGAACCCGUCAAGCCGAAGACGCGCACCCCCAAGACCCCCUCCAAGCUGCGAUCCCCCGCCCCCGACAAGACCCCCAGGAGUCCCAGACCCAGCCCGAGCCCCAAACCGCGAUCCAUCCCGCCGUCACGGCGUAAACAACCCCCCGCCAUGGACACCAGGUCGCCCCUGCGAUCGGUCUCCAACGUUUCCGCCCAGUCCGCCCAGUCCGCCCAGUCCGUCCAACAAAGCACCGUGCAAGUGAGGCCAAAGAAGGGCAAGGGCACCGAGGGGACCCCCGAAUGGCGGAGGCGGUUGAUGCAGGGCGAGAUAGCCGCCGGCGAGCAGCGCGACCUAUUCGCCCCCAUCGGGCUGGAGAGUGUGUUCAAACCGCCUACACCGGGAACCGAGAAAACACAGGACGAGGCCCUCUCCCGGCUCAAGCAGUCGGAUAGCCUCUGGAACUUCCCCACCUCCCCGGAGAGACGCGACAGCGAAAACAACGACAACGACGACAACGCGCACGCGAGAAACCCGUCGACCGAAAUCCAACGUGCGCCCCCCGAGGCUAUCGAUGAGUCUUCGCCCCAGAGUCCGAAGUCGCCCCCCAAGUCGCUACAAAUCAACCUAGAAGAUUUUGGGGAGAGUCCACGAGGGUCGCGCAAUGGAACACUGGACAUCGGCAAGGGACCCAAGAAGCCUACACUGAAUUGGGGCGACGCGCACGACGAUUCCUGGGACGGGUCACAGAUGAGAACCGCGAGCGGCCUGGAGGAUCUGCGCAACGAAGAUAUUACGCCGAUUACUUUCUCCCAGCCAAACACUGUGGAUGGCAACGCGACGUCGGAGGUGAUACGAUCGGCAUUGAAAAAGGUGACGACUAAACUCGAGAGACUACAUCUGACACCGUGGGAACGUCCGGGAUCCAGGGCAAGUGAUAGCGUUCUGCUAAAUCCGCCGUCUGAACCCCCCGUGGAUCCACUACCUGAGGAUGAUCUGUUGGAUGUUACAAGUCAUUCGUUACCCAAGGAUCUUUCGAUGGGAACACUGGAUUUCCGGGGACGAGGAGCUUUCACGAACUUGCGGCGCGACGAGUACUUGAACGAGGGCUCCUUCCAGAAGCUACAUCUCUCUCCGCCAUCGUUCCCCUCGGACAGACUGUCGCCGUUUGCUCCUUCCAACCAGAGAAUCCGAAGCUCACCACCCUUCUACCAAAAGGCCAACCCCCUGACCGAUCCUCCGACGCUCCCAAGGCCAUCAUCAGCUCAUGCUGGCGCGUCCAGAUUUCUCCAACCGGGAACCGAUCGGGCCGAGAUCAUGCCGUCGUCGGGGAGCCCUUUGAAGCUCUUUGGGCCCCAUGACACUUUCACGAACAACCGACUGAUGCGACGGAUGAGUCAAUUUGAGGAAACAUUCGGUGGUCUUUCCGAGGACGACGAACCUGAAUCGCCGUCGGAAGAAGCUCGGCGUAAGGGCGAAAACAGGAGCUUUUUGAGUGCGAAGCAAGACACGCUGGGCGAGCCUUCCGCGAGAAGGUAUGAACGGCCAAGGUCUCGCAACACCGCGAAUCCUCAAAUGAACAAGUUUGGCGAUGGCCAAUUGGAUCAUUUUGAUUUCUCUGACACAAGUCCCUACGAGCCUAAGCUUCUAAACCAUGACGCUCUGGACCCCAACCAGCAUUCUUCUUCGCGGCGACUCUCUGUGGAGCGGCGGUAUCUUCGCCGUCGCUCGUAUAGAAAUCACAGUCUGGAUACCGAGACGAAUAGGUCAACGAAGAAUUCUCGGUCAGCGGGUGUGUCAGACAUGCCCUCCAGCGCGAGCGCUGUGAGGAGAAGUCAGGGAUUCAGAGGUCCAGAGGACUUUUAUCAAUCGGACAACGGGUCUAGGCCCAAUUCCCCUGUAAAGGACCCGCAUCCGAAAAGACGCCGAACAAUCUUCAAGUCCCAUAGUUUGAUACAGGAGGACAAUGGAAACGCGAAGUUCCCUGGCCAGCUCGCGGAUAACAUGUCGUUGUUGCAAAAGAGCUUGAUGCAACAGGGGGUGACAUAUGAUGAGUCUCUUCUUCAAUCGCUAUCGGCCUACCGACCAAACACCCCUACUCCCAGCCAGGCACGGUCGCUCUCACGAAAGAGGCCGUCUUCCAGCCGGAAUUACACGCGCGCCGGGUAUGACGACUCUGGCGAGCAGAACUCCCCGCCGGAGCACGCCAUACCCUCUGUCAGAGUCAAUGGCGUUAGCACCGAAAUUCGCAAGGGAUCGAUCACAACACAGGAUUUCUUGAACGAAGCCACAAAGAUCAUGGAUAUCAUCCGGUCGAAGGGCAGAUCGGCGGGCGGCUUAUCCAGCGUGGAGGAAUCGGAUGCGGAGAACCCGGAUGAGAGUGGGAGUUACGAAGAUGAGUCCACCCGCGAGGAAUUUUCGCGUCCCCCGAGUCGGGAGGGGCCUGAUAUGCGAAAAUUGAGGGAGCCAAAGGAGCCGAAUCCCCAAAUAGCAAACCACCUCAGGAAAUUCCAGGAAGACGAUGACCAGGAGUUCGGAGUCAACAACUCUGUUAUGUCUCUCAACCUCGACGAGGACGAAGCCCGCUCGGAGGGUAACAAUUCGGUUUGGGAUGGGGCCGGACUGGACGAGAUGGACGAGGAACAAGACCGUAACGUGGAUGCUGAGCGUAAGCUCUCGCAACCGACGGAUGACGGCGAAGAAGAUGACGACCUCCCGGACCUUCUGACCAUCAACACACAUAUCUCCGCGAAAAGCCUUAGCGCGCGUUCCAUACCCACCGGCUCUUCACAAAGCUCGCAUGCAAAAGGCGUUUUGUCUUCAGAUAUUGUGUCUCACCUCAUUCCUGAACAGGUGAACGGCCUGACUUACGACCGUGACAGGAAUCAAUGGGUGAAGGAGGGACCGAAACAAUCUCCUGGUAGACCGAAGGGUGAAGAGAGCGAGGAUGAUCCAUUCAAGGAUAUCCCCGACCUCAGUGUGGACGAACUACAGGAAAUGAUGAGGAUGCAGAGCUCUCUUUCUCCAGAAAGAGCAAGGGACUCUGUCCAAGGUCAAGACGGCGCUCAACAGGGCUCGCCCAGCCCCCGAAAUGCCUUCAGCCAGUCGGAGCGACGCCCGCAAGAAAAAGAAAGGGAUCCGUCUGCCAAUUUUAGUUCGCUGCAGUCUAAAGCAACCCCGUUCACGUCCAAACUCUCCAACCCGGAGACCAGGGCAACUUCUUGGGGAACUGUCGACCGGAAGACAAGCAAAUCGACGAGCGAGGUCGAGCAUGAGAUACAGCUUCACGAAGGUCGCAUGUCGAAACCGCCACGGCGCCAACAGGACAACCGCCAGCAGGCUCGUGUGGUAACCAUCAGCUUCUCGUCGCCACUUGUCUCACAGAUCACAUAUGCCGACGAUGAGAGCCCGACAAAGCUCCGGCAAAAUCAGGGGCGGAAGUUUGACUGUGGUCCUGCCACGGCCGAAGAAGGCUCAUCUAGUCGCUCGCAGGCCUCUCUGUUGCCUGGGCGGCAACCCUCAGCGCAUGCAUCGCCAUUCAAUCUGCAUGCUAUCCCAAGCAUUGACGAGAAGGGAGAAGAUUCCGCCCACGCUAUGAGUUUGGUCCGGCAGGGCCCCGGAUCUGCAACGUCUACACCAGACAAGAGCAACGCAAACAACUCCCUCGUCUACUUCCAAAAUCUUGGUCAAGACACGACUUACAGCUUCCACCUCAGCCCGCUGCCCGACUUUACUGUCGACCAGAUCGACCAAACCUUGCAUCUCGAGGUCAGUUACGUUGCUCAGCGUACUCAACCGACCUCGCUCCGCCAAGUUCAUGGGACCUUUGCCCUGGCGACCGAAGACUUGGUCAAGCAGAUAACGGAGGUUGAACCGUUUGAACCUUAUUGGGACCAGAUUCGGCGCUUGGUUUUACGGCACAGGGGACUCAUCACGCUCCAUAAACUCUGCGAUUUCUGCCCCCGACUGGAAGAACUAGAUGUGACUGGGAACGAUAUCGGCCAGUUGAGUGGCGUGCCACCCAGUCUGAGAACUCUGAAUAUCCAGGAUAAUUGCCUCUCAAACCUAACAGCUUGGGGUCACCUGGUGAACCUGCAGUACCUUGACGUGUCUGGAAAUGGGCUCGAGAGUCUGGAUGGAUUUAGCAGCCUCAUCCAUCUCAGAGAGCUCAAGGCGAACGACAACAACAUCAGGAACAUCGACGGGAUCUUCGAUUUGAACGGACUACUGAGCUUGGAGCUGAGGAACAAUGGCUUGACGACAGUUGACUUUGCUAAGGCAGACUUAACUCGUCUGCAGGAUUUGGAUUUAAGUCAUAACGAGCUUGCUUCGGUUUACAACAUUGACCUUCUUCCGGCACUUUCCGCGCUCGACCUUAGUUUCAAUCAGCUCAACGAACUAGAAACUACAGUAUCCCUCCUUGGAUUGCGGUCGUUGAAGCUCUCCAACAACAUAUUCCGCAUGCUGAAUGUCAGCGCUUUUCCGUCUUUGAACCUUCUAUAUGUGGACCAGAACUUUCUCGGCACUGUUUCUGGGCUCGAGCAGUGUCACUGCCUGGAGGUCUUUUCUGCUCGCGAACAGAUGGCUAGUGGUGAUACUAGUGGCUUCUUCGAUGUCGACUUAGGCCUGGUCAAAGAUCUUCGCAAGGCGUUUCUUUCUUCGAACAAGCUUUCCCUGCAAAGCCUCUCACCUUCUGCCCCCCUUCUGGGCCUGCAGCUGCUUGACAUCGCAUCCUGCAGUCUGCAGGGCCUCCCCGCCGACUUUGCAUCGAGCUUCCCCAACAUGGUGGUACUCAACCUGAAUUUCAAUUCCUUAACAGGUGUUGGUGAAUUAGCCGGCCUGAAGUGUCUCUCUAGAUUGACAGCUGCCGGGAACAAGAUCACGAGGUUGCGACGUCUCUGCCAGGUUCUCAGUCGCAUCGGAAGGUCCAACAAAGGGAAAGUUUGCUCACUCCGAAAGGUCGACAUUCGGGGGAACCCUCUCACCGUCCGAUUCUACCCGCCUGCUGUCAUAGGGAACGGUAAAGCGAAUACCAAAAAACUAAAAGGGAAGGAGGAGCUCGGUCUACGACACACUCUUAGCUUGGAUAUUCCGUCUGCCCUGGCCGAGUUUAAGCAUAACGGAGACAUGACACACCCGCAUGCCUUGGGGGACGAUGAACCCCUCAGCCCUACCAAGGAAGUUGAAGUCAAUGACCCCUAUACUCUUCCACCUGCCGAUCCCUUGGCGGAUCAAAAAUAUCUGUCGCAUCUGGACGAGCCUACACGACUUCGCAGACGGAUCUUCGAGCUUAUGCUUUAUGCCGGCACUGGAGGAUCAAUCCGUUUGCUCGACGGCUUGGAGCUGCGACCGUCCAUCGACGAAGGCUCGGACAUGGACCACGCUUGGGCAAAACUCGAGAAACUCGGCGUGCUGAAGAGAAAAGCCAUCACCGCAUAAAGAGAAAAAUCGCUUCCCUUUCAUUGUAUGAUUCAUGAUAUCCUGGGAUGCAACUAGUACAUGGAGUUUGGUAUGUCAU